AUGGCCACUCAUGCGGCUUUAGCUUCCACAAGGAUUCCCACAAACACCAGGUUCCCAUCCAAAGCCUCUCACUCUUUCCCAGCUCAAUGCACCUCAAAGAGACUUGAGGUGACAGAAUUCUCUGGGCUAAGAUCCACUUCAUGUGUCACCUAUGCUAACAAUGCUAGGGAAGCUUCCUUUUUUGAUACCGUGGCUGCCCAACUCACUCCCAAGACCAAUGGAUCAACUCCUGUGAGGGGAGAAACCGUGGCCAAGUUGAAGGUGGCAAUCAAUGGUUUUGGACGUAUUGGUAGAAACUUCCUUCGUUGCUGGCACGGCCGAAAGGACUCACCCCUUGAUGUUGUUGUUGUCAACGACAGCGGUGGUGUAAAGAAUGCUUCACACCUGCUGAAAUAUGAUUCUAUGCUGGGAACCUUUAAAGCAGAUGUGAAAAUACUAGACAAUGAAACCAUCACUGUUGAUGGUAAGCCCAUCAAGGUUGUCUCAAGCAGGGAUCCUCUUAAGCUUCCUUGGACUGAGCUUGGAAUUGACAUUGUUAUUGAGGGAACUGGAGUGUUUGUAGAUGGCCCUGGGGCUGGCAAACACAUCCAAGCAGGUGCCAAGAAAGUUAUUAUCACUGCACCUGCAAAGGGUGCUGACAUUCCAACCUAUGUUGUUGGAGUAAAUGAAGGGGACUACACUCAUGAGAUCUCUAACAUUAUAAGCAAUGCUUCUUGCACCACAAACUGUCUUGCUCCCUUUGUGAAGAUCCUGGAUGAAGAGUUUGGAAUUGUGAAGGGAACCAUGACAACCACUCAUUCCUACACAGGAGACCAGAGGCUUUUGGAUGCUUCACACCGUGACUUGAGACGAGCCAGGGCUGCAGCACUGAACAUUGUCCCAACCAGCACUGGAGCUGCGAAGGCUGUGUCUCUAGUGCUGCCAAAGCUGAAGGGGAAGCUGAAUGGCAUUGCACUCCGUGUGCCUACACCCAAUGUUUCAGUUGUUGACCUUGUGGUGAAUGUUGAGAAGAAGGGUCUCACUGCUGAAGAUGUGAAUGGAGCAUUCAGAAAGGCUGCAGAGGGGCCACUGAAAGGUGUAUUGGAUGUGUGUGAUGUUCCACUUGUAUCCAUCGACUUCCGCUGCUCUGAUGUUUCUUCUACUAUUGACUCCUCCUUGACUAUGGUCAUGGGAGAUGAUAUGGUUAAGGUGGUUGCUUGGUAUGACAAUGAAUGGGGUUACAGCCAAAGAGUGGUGGAUUUGGCACAUCUAGUAGCAAGCAAGUGGCCAGGAACACCUAAAGUAGGGAGUGGAGACCCAUUGGAGGAAUUCUGCGAGACAAACCCUGCUGAUGAGGAAUGCAAAGUUUAUGAAUAG